AUUCUCCUAUAUGUUGAACUUAUAUCAUAUAGCCUUUGAAAUACUAGGAAUGCUAAUAAAUAGGACUCGCCUAAUAUCACUACCUGCAAGAAUAGGCUUGAGAGUUUCCAAGAAGUAGGUUUUUAAUUGUCCAUGUAUCCUAUUGUAUAAACCACUCGUGCAUCACGUCCGUGGCUAUAGGGGAGUGCAAGGAGAAUAAAGAAGGAAGCUUCGUUUUAGGAUUGCGGUGAUCAACUGAAGAACUAUAGUGUUCACAAACUUAGUAUACAGUCAUAUCUGUUCUAAUGAAUAGUUGUCUAGCAUGCAGCCGGAUGAAUUGUACUAACUGUUGGUUUCUUAAGUUGCAUAGAUGCUGGGUUUAAUAAUUUAAGAAGCUACUUUCCAGAGUAAGUAUUCGUUCUCCAGAUUUAUAAGGUGGGGAAAUUAAGUGAUAGUAAAUAAGUACUGAGAACCGGAAAUUAUUUUUAUUAAUUUCAUUCAUUUUUCUAAAAAGAAGAAGAAAACAAUAUAUAGAGAAAAAGAACAAAAUAAAGUCCCUAAUUUCCACUCGGCAGGUUAGAGCCCACAGAAUUCUGUUCAUUAAUUGUAAGGUUGCAGUUAGUUAGCUUUGGAUGUAGCUGCACCAGAAAUUUUAGUGUUGACUCGGGAUUUGGCAAUAAAGAACAGGAUUACCACUGAAACUUGUUUUCUUCACAAAAUCUUGCUGUUGGUGAUUCGAUAUUAGAUUCUCUAUUAAAUGUAGCUAAUGAAAUCUGGAAACACAUCUUACAAUAACCAUAUUUGACUAGCAAGUCAACACAUUAAAUACUUUGACCUUUUUCCUUUUCUUCUUCUGUUGUUCUAUGCAUUUCUCAGUUCGCCGAAGAACAACCACUCAUCUAACUUCCAGUUCCAGUUUGCAUCCUUUAAUGGGUCGCAAUAAGCUUGUAAUGAAGAAAAUUGAGAAUUCGACAUCCCGCCAACAAACCUAUUCAAAGCGCAAAGAUAGCAUUGUUAAGAAGGCAAAUGAGUUGGCUGUUUUAUGUGACACAGAUGUUGCUCUUUUAAUGUUUUCUCCAACAGGUCAAUUGACCAGCUAUUCUAGCAGAGGAAGUGUUGAGGAUAUCAUGCUCCGUGUUGUGAACCGGCCUGGCGAACUGCACAGGCGACCCAUUCCAAAUGAACAGCACUUUUCACAGAGGCUCACACAGCUAAAAUAUGAAUCAGAAAUGGUGGAAAAGAUAGCUAUCGCGGAGGCUCAUGAGGAGAAGCUUAAUAAGCUCAAUCAAAGACUAAGUGAAGCACGAGAGAAUAUAAGGUAUUAUGAACCGCAAGUGGAGUAUAUCAACUCGGUCCGCGAAGCUGUUGCUUGCCAGCAGUUCCUUAUGGGUGCUAUGGGACGGAUACAACAAUUAAAAGCAAAACUCUUGGGUGGUGAAGUUCUCCAGAGAAAUGAAAAUGUCGAGGUGGCUUCGGUCAACGCAGAGGAUACGGCUGCUACAGCUAAUGGAUCUUCAUCUUCAAAUCCUAAUUGGUACCUAACUUCCGUGUACAUAUCUUUUUGAGUGUUUUGUGCUUCUAUUUCCUCAAGUUGUCUACCUCUGAUAAGUAGAAAAGGGUACUAUCUUCAGAUUGCAAACAUGAAAUGUUUGAAAGAAUAUUUGCCUCUCGCACCCAAAAAUUGUUGAAGAGGCACAGGAGGUCGUUUGACCACCUGAUUGGCGGUGAUCCAAUCUGAUACAGUUAGCAAUAAUGCCAAAGUGCUUAAGUCGCUCCAGCAUUAGUUCUACCAAUGCCGAAGUUAACCAAUUUUGGUGGCAGUUUAUCCAGUAGGUGCACACUUUGGCCUCAUAAAGCGGGGGAAGGUUACGACUGACCAAAGAAAAAACAUAAAAAGGGCAGGUUAUGCAAAUAACGUGAGCUUGAGGGGAGACAAACAUAGGCGUAUGUAGUGUUAUAGUAUGGGGUGUUUGGGAAUAAACCCCCUACACAAAUAAUAUUCACGGUAAUAAAAGCGGAAUAAGAACGUAGCACCGAAAUACGAUAAUUAACAAGAAUAAAAGAGUAACAACGACACCAAGAUUUUUUCGUGGAAAACCC